AUGGCGGAGAAGGAUAAGAAGGAGGCCGCUGCGGAAUUCAAGAUGCAGUUGGAGCCAUCAGACAAGGUUCUUGUAUACUUAAUUUACUGCUAGUUUUUAAUGAUUUUUUCGCCAAUCUGUCGCUGAUAGAGAACCUUUUUACAUAUUUUCUUAGACCAGCGGUUAAUGCGGCCUGAUAAAAUUCGCCGGUUUUCAGAAGCUAGAAGAUAAAUUCGAGCUGUGGGAAAAUAUUUCAGUAGUUUCUGAUAGUCAAGUCAAAUAAAUCCAAUUGGCCUUCGUUUACAAAACCUUUUUUGGGAAUUUAGUUGGGGAACUGAAUUUCUGCACAAAGUUUUUGUGAGGCUCGAAGUUAUUCAGAUGACGUUUACCAGCAAGAAACUCGGCGAGGAAUUGACGAACAACACGUUCAAGCUCACAAAUACGACCAAGGAUCGUUGUGUGUACAAGGUUGAACAGAUCGCCUGAAAAGCCAUGACGUGGAUGAUUAGGUGAAGUGCACGUCGAACGAUUUGUUUCGCAUCAGGCCGCCCGUCGGUGUUCUAAAACCAAACGAUGAAAUCGUGGUCACCGUGAGUGACAGUGGCAUUGAAAUAUUAUGAGACAGAUUAUUCGAAGGUAUCGAUGAACUCCGGUAAGGUGAUUCCGGAAAGUGGAAAGCACUAUUUCGCCAUAUACUACAUCAAGCUUGCGGAUGAGAAGAAGGUUCAGACAAAAUAAUAAAAUCAAUCCCUUUUCGAUAGGCGCCAAGAACGGCGUGGGCGGAUCACAAAGGCGAAGCCGACGGCAUGAAACGCCUCUACAUUGAUUUUGUUAAGGUUUCUUUUAGGCCCUGAUGACCGUAGGAAAAUUUAUGGAGUUCAGCUAGACAAAGAGGGUAAACCAGACAAGCCGGAAGAAAAGAAGGAAGUCGGAAAGGAAGAAGAGAAAAAGGAUGAGAAAAAGGAAGAAAAGAAGGAAGAGAAUAAAGAGAAAGAGGUUCGGAUACAAACUUUUUCUUAAACUUUUAAUAGGCAGCUUGCUUUUUAAUUUCAAGUGUAUAUCGCGCGCUCACGAAAACCUUGGGAUGAUAUCUCAGUUUAUUCCCCAUUCUUAAUGCAAAGGUUGCACGUAGAAUGGUCAGAAGCCUCAAAAAAGCCAUAAAAUUUCGAGUGACUGCCGAACUUUUUUUACCGACUUUGAAUUGAUUUCGGGUACUUUGUCGAGAACUGUUUUUUAAGUUUGAAGGUUGUGUGAAUAUGUUUUUUCGAUUUCUUUUUCAACUUUCUGGAAAUAAAAAGUAGACGAUAAUGAUACUUUCUUAAAAACUCGGAAACAACUCAGGUGGAAUCGCAGACGCAAGACAAGAAAGAAGAUGAAGAAAAGAAAUGA